AUGACUAUUAGUUAUCCUGCAAAGGAGUUUCUCCAAACAAUCUUUAAAACCCCAUAUCUCAAGAACCUCUACCUCUCACCAACAAUGUCCAUAUACGAUACGCUUAUCGGUUCUCCCGCUACUACCCUCAAACGUUAUCUUUUAAAAAGCGAUGUUGCGGUUAUGUACACUUCUCCAUCAACUUAUGUGGAGAAUGAAGACUCUUCCUUUAGGUUUAACCAAAACUGUUCUCCAAUGCCUCCUUGGGUUCUGGGCACUAAGUCUAAAACCAUCAUUAACACUCUACCGCCGAAAAAGUCUCAUAAACGGACCAACACUGAUAUUAUUGGGAUCCAUUCGAUGACCUCUCAAAAUUCUUCGGGAUCAAGCUACUUUCAGCUAUUAGAUCUGUUGGCAGACCUAGGAGAGUUGAUAUAUGAUGAUGAAGCCAUGAAGGGGUUCUACUAUGAGUUUAUGAAUUUGGAUAACAAAAAUGCUUUUAACAAUGAUGAGAAUCUUAAUAAUUUGAUGAUAACUUUCACCAAUUUGGGAGGUGCAAGCAAUGCAAAUGAGAGUGGGCUUAAGAUUGGAGCGACUACUUCAGGUGUAAAAACAAAAGUAGACGAAGACAUUGAACCUUUAUGCAGACACUAUAAGUGUGCUACAAUGGAUAGCAGUUUCAUUCAUUGGAUAACACAUUGGAAUCUUCUGGAUCAAGUUUUCUCUAGCAACUUUGUGGGGGAAGGCGAGUAUUAUACUGAUCCUAACGAAGUCAAAAGAAUCUUGGAAAACCGAGACUUAGAUACACGUUCAAAGCAGGGAAAGUCGCUCUACAUUGUUGAUUUGGAAGGCAGUGUAAGGAUUCAUGUGAUGGUUAAUACUUCACUAUAUGGAAUGAUCGUACUUUUGGAGGUGAGACAUAUCACAUUAGCAAAAAAAAAGAAUGAUGUUGAUGAUGAACGAGAACAAGAAAAUGAAGAUUCAAGUUGA